GUGUGACUGUGUCUAUGAGGGAGAAAGGAAAGCUCAUUCUCUGCAGUCCUGUGAGAAUGCCAUUGUCUGCUGGAAACCAGGAAAGAUGGAGGACGACCUCGAUCAUAUUAAACCCAACGAGUCAAACGUGACGAUUCUGGGACGCUUCGACUACAGCCAGUGUGACAUCUGGUACAUGCGCUUCUCCAUGGACUUCUGGCAGAAGAUGCUGGCUCUGGGGAACCAGGUGGGGAAACUCUAUGUGUGGGACCUGGAAGUGGAAGACCCUCACAAAGCAAAGUGCAUCACACUGACCCUCCCCAAAUGCACCUCGGCCAUCCGGCAGACCAGCUUCAGCCGCGACAGCAGCAUAUUGAUCGCCGUGUGUGACGACGCCUCCAUCUGGCGCUGGGAUCGACAGCGCUGAACAGACUCACCCGAAGAAAGAGUUUGGAGUUGUUGUUGCUUCCACAUGUCCUAAAUAUUAGCCCUGCUGUACCAAAAUACAGCAUUUCUUUUCAAAUGGGAGAUAAAUCAUGCCGAGGCCAGAUGAGAUGAUUCUGCUGGUUUGCAUUUCCUGUUUGUCUCCUGCCGGAUGUUUGAGAACAGGGAAGAUUUUAUAACCAGCAAAACACCAGUGUUACUCGCUUUUCCUUUUUGAAGAGAACAUUGUUGUGUAAAAGAGAAGAGAAGGACUUUGUUCCAAACCAUAGAGGAAUAUUUGAGAUAGGAAAAGGUUAAGGAUGUUUAACAGCAUGUUGGUGAAAUACUCAACUAUGUGCCUUCUUCAUCUCUAUGCAGUCUUUGAACUAAUACAAGUGGAAUCAUCUCAUUCAACUGGCGGAUUUUUGUUUUAGGAAAUGCUUUUAUUGGUACCAAAGAUAGAUGUUCUUUACAGCGUGCCACAAUUUGAAUUCCCCAGUUCAGACAAAAAGAAAUGAAGAUUUUUGUCCUUUUUGUUUUUACAUUCCUUUGCAUCUUCUUUUCAAAAACCUCCUGGUUUGCUUUGAUGUCCCCUUUUCCCCCACAAACGUACACUUUGACUGUUGUUGCAUCAUUUACAGUGAUACUAGAGGCUUUUAGUAAAUAAAAUGUAUUUUGUAAAUA